GCGCUUGCUGCCGCACUCGAGGCUGAGAAUCCGCCUCGCCUCCUUGAACUUUAUACCUUAAUCAAUCCCUCCACAAGAACAAUGGAACCCGAUCGCAACUCCCCCGAAAUCUCCGAAGAUGAAGAUGCAAACGCCAUGGCAGCAUUCAUGGGUUUCUCCGCCUUCGGAUCCCAAAAGCCUCCCACGAAAAAGCGAAAGUUCAACCCCACGACCGAUGCUUUUGUCGAAGGACAAGAACUAGAGAAAUUGGAUCGGGGAAGGAAGAAGGGAACGGGGAGUGGUGGAAAUAACGUGCCGUUGGGGAAGAUGAGGGUUUUGGGAGAGAAGAGGGGCAAUGAGGAUGAGAUUGAGCUUGAUUUGGAUGAGGAAGAGGAUUUGCAGGGUCCGAGAUAUAUGGACACGAGUUUGCCUCCGCCUAUUGAAGCGGGAUUGAGAGGAGGGUAUGGUGGUGAUACGGAGGAGGGAGAAGGUCCGAGAUAUGUGGACACAAGUCUACCUGCGCCCGCAGACGUUGGACAAGAGAGGGGAGAGGAUGAAAGACCCCCCUGUGUCGACACCAGCGAGGUUUCUCCAAAAGAAGCAGCGGAAAUGCAGGCGCGCAUUGACGCAAUUCUUGCAAGAAUUGGCACUGAACCCAAUGCUGAAGAUGGGGACGCAAGCACGGAAACAAGUACAUUGCUGCCUCCCCCGCCUGGUUUGCCGCAGCGACCAGCAUUCUCAGCAACAAGCGACACGGAAUUCAUGCAAGUUGCAUCAAGAGGAAGGGCGUUUAGUGAGGCAACGAGUACGAGUUCGAGAGGUGGAAGAGGAAGGGGCAGGGGUGGGGGAGGAGGUAGGGAGCGAGGGGAGAGAAAUGAGAAGUGGUAUGAGGAUUAUUAUGAUCCCACGUUUAAUGAAAAUCCUUGGGCGAGGUUGGAGAAGGAGAAGGGCUUGCCAUCAGUUGGGACUUGGUUAGAGAACCAGCCCAGGAGAGGUGGUCGAGGGAUGGCCUGAAGAAUGAGCUGCAUGAAUACGAACACAUUUGCAAAUGCAAUUAUAUAUUCACAUUUACUG